UGGUGAUUGGGGGGGGGGUGUAGAAACAGCCAGAGUUCCAUUUUGGAACGUUCGCGCAGUGUCUCCGCGUUCCAAACCCGUGUCUCCGCGUUCCAAAGCCCCGGUGCAAGUUUCCCCUUGACUGCUUCUAUCAGAGUGCCUUGGGACCCUGCUCUCUAUGACUCCAAAGUGUCCAGCACUCCGUGCAGUACCCUUCCCUGCCUCUCACUUUUAAGACCUACCAGACCCUGCAUUUCACUGGCUUCACUUUCAAGAACCAAAGUCACUGCACACUUGUCUCUAAAGAAGAGAUGAAAAGCUACCCUCCCUCCCUUCCCUUGCAGAGGAAAAGACUUCACCAAACGCUGUGAGUGAGAGAGGAAAACUCUUCAGAUCUCUGAUGCACUGGUGUCUCCAGAGUCAAAUUGAAGAAGAUUCCCAGGAUGUAAGCAAUACAGCACCAGUCCAGCACUCUGUCCACUGUAGCACUUACCUGCCUCAAGACAACAUACACAUUGCCUCGAUAUACAAAAACCGUCAAAAGCAGGGUGUGUCUGACGUGCUUUUGACAAGUGAUCAUCUUGAAGUGUCUCUAAACACAGCAACCCCAUGUUGGGUGAGAAGUUAAUUGGUGCUUUCCUCAUUGAAGGUCUUCAAACCACACAGAUGUGCCCCUGCUGCUUGUCAGAUAUAAUGUGGUCUGAUGUGUUUAGUGGAUGAAGUUGACAGGAGCCAUUUUCUGAGCUGAAAUCCUUCUGAAAACGUAAACACCAGACUUGAACGUUUGAAGGAAGCCAAAGCCAUUUCAAAAGCAAAGUCCUUCUGGAUCAUUCAUUCCCCACAUUUUACUGUCCCCCCCCAAAAAAAACUAAAUAAAAUAAGACAUUGCACACCAGACAGAUACUAUGGCAAGCAAGAGAAAAUCAACAACUCCGUGUAUGGUGCGGACGUCUCAAGUCGUAGAACAAGAAGUGCCCGAGGAUGUUGACAGAGGCAAAGACAAAGAAGUUGGAGUUCCCCAGCCUGACUCUGGCAAAGAUGCUUGGACCACAGAGCCUGAGAGUUCUUCCAAAGAAAGUGAACUGAUGGAGGUGAAGUCAGCAACAGAGAACCAAUCCAAAAAACUGCAGGGGGGUUACGAAUGUAAAUACUGCCCAUACUCUACACAGAACCUGAACGAGUUCACGGAGCACGUGGACAUGCAGCAUCCCAACGUGAUCCUCAACCCACUCUACGUAUGUGCAGAGUGUAACUUCACCACCAAAAAGUAUGAUUCCUUGUCCGACCACAAUGCCAAGUUCCACCCUGGGGAGACAAACUUCAAGCUCAAGUUGAUUAAACGCAAUAACCAAACGGUUUUAGAACAGUCCAUCGAAGGAUCCAACCAUGGCGUGACCGUCAGUGGUGGCAACCUGGGGAGCGGCGACGGCGACCCCGGGAUCUCUAUGAGUAAGACGCCUAUCAUGAAACUGGGGAAACCCAAAGCUGAUGCCAAGAAGGCACCUAGGAAACCAGAAGAAAGUGGUUCUGAUAACCACGUGGAAGGGAAUGCCACCGCUCGAGUGGUGACGGAGGCUGCCGAGGCUUUUGCGAGGCUUAAUGGCAUUGAACUGCUCCAAGACUCACUAGGGCACGUGAUGCCUUCUGUACAGCUACCACCAAAUAUUAAUCUUGUCCCCAAGGUCCCUGUCCCAUUGAAUAGUACCAAAUAUAACUGUGCCCUGGACACCAAUGCCACCAUGAUUAACUCCUUCAACAAGUUCCCUUACCCAACACAAGCAGAACUGUCAUGGUUGACAGCCGCUUCCAAACAUCCCGAGGAGCACAUCAGAAUCUGGUUUGCCACCCAGCGCUUGAAGCACGGUAUAAGCUGGUCUCCGGAAGAGGUAGAAGAGGCGAGGAAGAAGAUGUUUAAUGGGACGAUCCAGUCAGUCCCCCAGACUAUCACUGUGUUACCAGCUCAGUUGGCAUCCACCAAGAUGUCCCAGCCUAUCAUCCAGACUGCUUUACCUUGCCAGAUCCUUGGCCAGACCAGUCUUGUUUUGACCCAAGUGACUAAUGGAUCGACAGUUUCUUGCUCCCCCAUCACACUUGCUGUCGCGGGGGUGACCAGUCAUGGCCAGAAGAGACCCUUACCAAAUCUCCAAGCAGCUCCAGAGCCCAAACGGGCCCACGUUGCCCAGGUUCCUGAGCCCCCACCAAAGGUAACCCCCACCAUACUGCCCACGACAAAUGAUCGGAAAAAGACAAAAGAACAGAUAGCUGAACUGAAAGCAAGUUUCCUCCAGAGUCAGUUCCCUGAUGACGCGGAAGUCUACCGGCUCAUCGAGGUCACCGGCCUCGCCAGGAGCGACAUCAAGAAAUGGUUCAGCGAUCACAGAUAUAGGAGCCAAAGGGGCAUCGUGCAUAUCACCAGCGAGUCCCUUGCCAAAGACCAGUUGGCCAUCGCGGCUGCCCGGCAUGGACGUUCCUACCAUGCGUACCCAGACUUUGCCCCGCAAAAAUUCAAAGAAAAAACACAGGGUCAGCUCAAAGUUCUGGAAGAUAGUUUCAUGAAAAGUUCUUUCCCCACCCAAGGAGAGCUGGAUCGGCUCAGAUCAGAAACUAAGCUGAGCAGGAGAGAAAUUGAUACCUGGUUUUCAGAGAGGAGAAAGCUUAGGGACAGCAUGGAGCAAGCUGUCUUAGACUCCAUGGGAUCUAGCAAAAAGAGCAAAGAAGCAGUGGUCCCCAAUGGUACUUUAUCUCGGAUAGACCAGCUUUCCAGCGCCCAGCUGGCCAGUUCUCUCUCUAGCCCCUCCCCAGCAAUGAUGAAGAGCCAGGAACAAAUCCACCUCCUGAAGAGUACAUUUGCAAGAACCCAGUGGCCCACCCCACAGGAAUAUGACCAGUUAGCAGCAAAAACUGGUCUGGUCCGAACUGAGAUUGUGCGUUGGUUCAAAGAGAACAGAUGUUCACUAAAGACUGGAACCUUGAAAUGGAUCGACCAGUACCAACAGCAACAUGCUGUGGAUGGCCACGGUAACGAGUCCGUCCUGAGGUGUGGAACGCCACACCUCGCUGAAAGUGCAAAGAAUGGGGGUGAGAUGCUUCAGCAAUAUUUCAAGGACCACAAAAAGCUGAGGGAAGAGGAUUUGGACAAACUGGUGACCAGGGCAAAAGUGGGCUGCGAAAAGACCAAAGACUCCUUGCCGGGCAAGACAACAGAGGCCGCUUCGGACAGAUCUGAAGAGAAACCAGUCAGACCUACUAUCCCGAUCAUUAGUGGGGCUCUGUCUGUGAAGAGAGCAGAGAACUCCACGCCGCCUGCCUUUGGACAAGAUCGCCAAGGACCGUGGACUCCAAGUUGAGCUGCCCUGGGGUCUGCCUUUCCACGGCCUCCACCCCCAAGGAGCACUCAUCGGAUGGAAUUGUUCAUAGUGCCAAAGUCCUACUACUGCAUUUGCAAAGGGUCCUUGUAAAUAGAUUGCUCCUCCCUUCCCUGCCCUCCCCCACUCUCAUGCCCCCAGCCUCUUGUGAUACUGGAAUUGAUUUGUACAACGUGGCCAUUUUGUUACCUUUUUAAAUCGGCUCGAGUUGCUUUUACAGAUCAUACGCUUGCAAGGUUUUUUGGGGGGGAGGCUGGUAAUGUGUGCUUUUUUCUUUUUUUUUCUUUUUUUUCUUGGUUUUUGUUUUUAGAAUUAGCAACCACUAUAUCUGCAUCUGGGUUUUGGAGGGAUUCUCAUGAUUUUGUUUCAUUUUUUAGACCUAGUUUGGAAUGGGGGGAGAUUUUUCCAUGGGGUGUGCAGAGAAAUCUCCUUUUAGUUUACCCCAGAGGAGGCUUAUAAUCAGAGCAGCCUCAAAACCAGUCCUAGCCCCCUUUCUUUCCCAGCUGUUUGCAUGGGAUUCCCUGCUGUAAGCUCUCCAUAAAAGGCUUUCUGCACUGCUGGGAGCGGGGGCUGAUUACCUAACUACUGUAUGUCCCCAGCCACGCUCUUGGCCCAGCAAGCAUCCCAAGAGCUUCAUGGCAUGCACCUGUCCUUUUUAAGCACCUUUUUAUAUAAAAGGAGGAAGGGCUCCAAUGUUUCUUAGGAUUUUUUUUUCCUAAGAUGGAAUUCAUCACACCUGGAUAAUACCAAGAUGAACUGGAGGAAGGGCUCCAGUGUUUCUUAGGAUUUUUUUUUUCUAAGAUGGAAUUCAUCACACCUGGAUGGUACCAGGUUGAACUGGAGGAAGAGCUCCAAUGUUAGGAUUUUUUUUUCACAGAUGGAAUUCAUCAAACCUGGAUGGUACCAAGAUGAACUAGAAGAAGGGCUCCAAUGUUUUUUAGGAAUUUUUUUCUAAGAUGGAAUUUAUACCUGUAUGGUACCAAGAGGAACUGUUUGGGGUCUUGUUUUUUCUUAACUGCCUUUUUGUGGGUGUGAUAAUUGACAAGAUCUCUGCAUAAGGCUUCACCGUUAUUAUUUUUCUUAAGCAAUUUUAGAUCCCUGAGUGCACUUUUUUCAAAUGCCCCUAACAUGGAAAAAUAAAAUGAAAGAUAUCUCAUGUAAAUGUUGCAGUAUGAAUAGUUGUGUUGGCAAACUUCCCCCGGCCCCACCCCCUACUUCAGCACACCGCACAAAUCAGAACGUCUAGGGAGUGUGGAUAAAACCAACUUUUAUAACUUGUUGCUCAUUUGUUGUAACUCAAUAAAACAAAGCCUAAACAUUUUUAUAACC